CCCGACUUGCCUAAACAGCUCCGAAUAGGGGCAUGCCUGCCUGAACCACUCAGAACUAAACUGAUACAAUUCCUCCGGGCAAAUGCCGACGUCUUCGCUUGGAAGCACGAAGAUAUGAAGGGGAUCGACCCAAAAGUUGCAUGCCAUCGGCUCAAUAUCGAUAAGACGGUGAAGCCGGUCAUCCAGAAGAGGAGGAAGCUCGGUCCUGACCGACAACAAGCCCUUGAGGAGGAAGUGAGCAAGCUGGUCGACAACAAGUUCGUCAAGGAAACCAAGUAUCCGACCUGGGUGUCCAACCCUGUCUUGGUCAAAAAAGCAAACGGAGCGUGGCGACUGUGCAUAGACUUCUCCGACCUCAACAAAGCUUGCCCGAAGGACAGCUACCCCCUACCACACAUCGACUACAUGGUCGACGCAACCUCGGGCCACGAGCUCAUGAGUUUCAUGGACGCCUACUCGGGCUACAACCAGAUUCCUAUGGAUCCGGAGGAAGCGGAGCAUACCUCGUUCUACUCGGCUCGGGGACUGUAUUGCUAUACGAUGAUGCCUUUUGGGUUGAAGAACGCUGGGGCCACCUACCAGCGGUUAGUCAAUAAGAUGUUUUCUAGAUUGAUAGGGAAAACUAUGGAGGUCUAUGUGGAUGACAUGUUAGUGAAGUCGGUCGUGGCGAAUGAUCAUGUAACCCAUUUGAAUGAAAUGUUUAAAAUUUUACGCGAUUACUCGAUGGUGUUGAAUCCUAAAAAAUGUACCUUCGGGGUAAAGUCGGGAAAAUUCCUGGGCUACAUGGUCAGCCAAAGAGAAAUUGAGGCAAACCCGACAAAAAUCCAAGCAAUACUUGACCUCAAACCCCCCACCUCGGUAAAAGGAGUACAGAGUCUGACCGGGAGGUUGGCGGCCUUGAACCGAUUCAUUUCAAAAUCGACUGACCGCUGUAAGCCUUUUUUUGAUGCCAUCAGAAAAGGGAAAAAGUUCGAAUGGACGGACGAGUGUCAGAAAGCCCUCAAAAAUAUCAAAGAUACGCUAAGCCGACCCCCGGUACUGCAGAAACCAAAGCCCGACGAGAUGCUAUAUUUGUACCUCGGGGUCAGCACCUCGGCGGUCAGCGCGGUGCUCAUAAGAGAGGAAGAAACGUGCCAAUACCCGAUCUAUUACGUAAGCAAGGCGUUGCAUUACGCCGAACUCAGAUACCCCCCGAUGGAAAAGCUGGCGUACGCACUCAUCAUAGCGGCGAGGAAGCUCCGACCCUACUUUCAAGAGCACUCAAUAACCGUCUUGACGGCCCAUCCGUUGAAGCAAGUCUUGCACAGGCCAGACACGUCGGGGAGGAUGAUUAAAUGGGCCGUGGAGUUAGGACAGUUCGAUAUACACUACAAACCCCGCACGACCAUCAAAGGACAA